AUGAAGAUGUCGCUUGGCGAGGUCGCCGCGGUGUCGGUGGAGUGCGACAACGUGCUGCCACCUCGCCUGGCUGCGCAGGUCUUUGAAUUGCUACAGACGCAGUGGCCUAUUCACGCUGCCACGCGACACCGUGGACUCGAGCCAAAGCCAAACCAGACAAGGCUGCUCUUGGUGGUCAUCCAACCGACAACCACCAACCAGGAAGUCGUCGUUGGCCACGCACUGCUCAAGUGGUCGUCGCCGACAGUGUGCCUCGUUGUGUCUGUGGUUGUCCACAAGGAAUGGCGCCGCUGUGGCCUCGGCCGCCGCUUGAUGCUUGAAGUCGAAGCCCACGUUCGGCGCGUCGGAGGCCAAGUCCCGAUCACGACGUACCUCUGGACGACAGACCAAGGGUCCUUCUUUCAGUCUCUUGGGUACACCCCGUGCCCCCCGUACGUCCACGACCGAGCAACCGUUCUGGCCCACGUCCUGCGGACCAAAGCCUCUCCGCCGGACGUCCCCCACAAGGAAAUGUGGCUUCACCAAGUGCUGUUGCCAAUCCAACAAAGUUAA